UUUAUCAUAAAGAAGAAAAUAUUUAUAAUUUUAUUUAUUUUAAUAUUCCUGGUGAAGAUGAUGAAAGCAGGGGGUAUACCACUUGUUCAGUCCCCUUUAUUAAGAUGGUGCUUGCUUUUGGCCUUUAUUCUCCGAUUUUCUAGAACAGGGCUUGCAAGUCCUCUUAGAGACACAAACCCACUUUUGCAAUUCUCUGACCAAGUGCGACUUAGAUACCUGUAUGCAGAUAAUGAACACACACAUUUGCAUCUGCAGAUCUCUCCUGAAGGAAAGGUUAGCGGCACAAGAGAAAAGAACGUAUACAGUCUGCUGGAGAUCAAGGCAGUAAAGCCAAGUAUUUUGGUUAUCCGUGGAACGCAUAGUACCAUGUAUCUCUGCAUGAACUCAAAGCACCAUUUGUAUGGUUCGGCUGUUUAUAACGAAAAUGAUUGCAACUUCCGAGAGGUGCCAUUACAUGACGGAUACAACCUAUACUUUUCAGAAAAGCAUCCAGCUCACCUAAAGCUAACUCCUGUAAGAGGCAGGCAAUUGGAACGAUUCAUUCCUUUGGAGGCCUCAAGUGAAUCUACAUAUAUGGGAGAUUACUCAAGUGAACAUUUUCAAAGACCAAACCUAGAUAUUGGGUCAGAAGAUCCCCUGGGGAUGAUAGACACAUCCAAUAUCUUCAGUCCAAGCUCCGAUUCAUAAUGAAGUUAGAAUCUGCUAAUGGACAAUCAAAAUACUUCCAGCCAACAAGUUUUUGUAAAGGAAAAUACUUCCAAAAGUAAACUGACAAUGACAUUUUUCUGCACCUAACUCCUUACACACCGGUAAGCCUUUGAUGGUCACUUUGAAAGAAAUAUGAAGAUAAAGAAGGGAAUAGUGGUGGAGAUAGGAAGGUAUUUAAUUUUGACCUGUUUAUCAAUUUCUACUCCAAAAAUAUUACUUGCACUACAAAGGACUUUAAUCUUGCUUCAGGCAGGUCUAUUUGAAGAAAUGUUACAAUGGCUUUUUUUUUUUUUUUUUUUAAAUAUAGCCUUGCAAAUCAAUCUCAUGAUAAUAAUGUAUGUAGGUGUAUUUAUGUAGGUGUAUGUUUUUGCUGUAUAUUAGAGUGAAAGGACAAAGUACAAAAGUAUUUUGCUCUUUUUUAUAUCUUCUUCUAUGCCAAGCCUAUUUACAACUGAAUAUAAAUUAUAUAUUACCUCAUUCCUGAAAAAUAACAGAGGCUCACUCGGAAAAUAAUAUGUACCUGAGUGCAGAACAGAAAGAGCAAGUUAAAACAUAAACUAAUAGCAACAAUAUAUCUGCACAUUAUGGUACUGGUAACAAGAUAACAUUAAGGUGAUGGUAAUAAUAAGAUCAAUUUAAGGUGAUAGCAAUAAGCCAUCAUCAUCUGUGGGUGUAUUAAAUAAUAACUUAUUAAACAAUGGAGUGUAUUUUCUAUCCCAAUCAAACUUGAAAAUGAGAGAAAUCUGUGUUCACUUUUUUUAAGUGAAUUUCAAAUUUAAGGCCUAAAUUGCCAAAUAGGAAAUGUUCCCAU